GAAAUAUUAUUGUCUCAAUAACCAUAUGACUUCGUUAUAAUUGGUUGUUGUAGGUUUGGUUCCGCAGUAUCAACUUUCCUAUGCAUUUACACUGACAAGUGACACCAAAGGCAUAACAGCCGGAAGCGCUGACACUCCCAAACGAAGCCUUUGAGCCACUCUAUUGAUCGACUUUUUUCUAUCAGAGUUCUGAUGGCGACUCGAGCAUUUUCAAGAUCAAAAAUUUCAACCUUGGUUUCAGGAUUAUUCCGAGUAAUUCACUGUACACCGAUUAAGGAGACGCUGUUGCCUAUAAAAUCAAAAGUUUUAGCAUUUGAAAUCGAUUCGCGGGAACCCAUUUGCGGGUUUAGACUAUACCAUGACGGAAGGCCCAGGGGACCCCUUUGGAGAGGCAAGAAGCUUAUUGGGAAAGAAGCGCUUUUUGUGAUAUUGGGGUUGAAGAGGUUCAAGGAUGACGAAGAGAAGCUUGACAAGUUUAUCAAAACCCAUGUUCUGAGGCUUUUGAAGCUUGAUUUGAUUGCUGUUCUCACUGAACUUGAGCGCCAGGAGGAGGUUACUUUGGCUACCAAGGUAUUUAAUGUGGUUCGAAAGCAAGACUGGUACAAGGCUGAUGUUUUUAUGUACAAAGACUUGAUUAUUGCACUUGCAAGGAGUAAGAAAAUGGAUGAAGUUAUGCAGCUAUGGGAGAGCAUGAAAAAUGAAGAUAUAUUUCCCGAUUCUCAAACAUAUUCAGAAGUUAUUAGAGGUUUUUUGAGCAUUGGUUCUCCUGGAGAUGCAAUGAACAUAUACGAGGACAUGAAGAAAUCUCCAGACCCGCCAGAAGAGUUGCCUUUUAGGAUUUUACUGAAGGGCCUCCUGCCACACCCUCUUUUGAGAAACAGAGUCAAGCAAGACUUUGAAGAGCUCUUUCCCGAAAAGCAUAUGUAUGAUCCGCCAGAAGAGAUAUUUGGCGCACACUGAGAAGAAGAAAGAUACGAAACCAAGAAGUUGGUGAUCUUCUGCAAUAUGCAAGGAGCGUGCUGUUGGUGAAGACUGGAGUCAGCCCAGAACAAUGUUUUCUCUCCUUAGCCUAAACGAUAUUAGGAUAUAUUUUUUUCCCUUCACUUAUCAUUUUAGAGAGGUAGAGUCAGGUUUUAGAAGUUUCAUAUGGUUUUUGUUCUCCUCAUAUGGGGCAUUAUCGAUUGUAUAUUGAAGCUUAUGAACAUAAUAAAAAACAUGAUUUAAUCAACUCAAA